GCCGCCGCCGCCGCCGCCGUCGUCGCCUCCGAGCUCCGCCGCCGCCGCCGCCGCCGAGCACCAUGGGAGACGCCGGGAGCGAGCGCAGCAAAGCGCCCAGCCUGCCGCCUCGCUGUCCCUGCGGCUUCUGGGGGUCCAGCAAGACUAUGAAUCUCUGUUCCAAAUGCUUUGCUGAUUUUCAAAAGAAACAACCAGAUGAUGAUUCCACCCCAAGUACAAGUAACAGCCAAUCAGAUUUGUUUUCCGAAGAGACCACCAGUGACAACAACAAUACCUCCGUAACCACGCCAACUCUUAGUCCCAGCCAGCAGUCGCUCCCGACAGACCUGAAUGUAACUUCACCGAGUAAAGAGGAAUGUAAGUCCCUAUCUAUCCCUGAGGAUCAUGGAACAGCCCAGGAAGGCCAUCGUGGGCCAUGCACAGACACAGCUCAUGUCUCGUUAAUCACACCAACCAAAAGGUCCUGUGGUGCAGAUUCACAGUCCGAGAGCGAGGCCUCACCCGUGAAACGACCGCGACUAGUAGAGAACACGGAGCGGCCUGAGGAGAGCAGCCGGUCGAAGCAGAAGAGCCGGCGCCGGUGCUUUCAGUGCCAGACCAAGCUGGAGCUGGUGCAGCAGGAACUGGGAUCCUGUCGCUGUGGCUACGUGUUCUGUAUGUUACAUCGCCUCCCAGAGCAGCACGACUGUACGUUCGACCACAUGGGCCGCGGCCGCGAGGAAGCCAUCAUGAAAAUGGUGAAACUGGACCGGAAAGUGGGGCGCUCCUGCCAGCGCAUCGGGGAGGGGUGCUCCUGAAGGCCAGGCACGGCCGCCACACGACGCUGUUCUUAGUUCACUAAUGUUAGCCUUAUUUAGGACAAAGUCAGCCAGACACCUUGUACUGGGCACGCGUCAGACUACAGCCGGCCGUUUCCUUUCUUUAGCCAGCCAUCCUGGUACUGUAGUUUAGGGGUUGAUGGUGGAUGAAAUUGAUUUCUGGCUGGUUACUAAGGUGCCUGCUAGCCAUUGUAUAAAAUUAAAACAUGAAGAAUAUUUGUUUUGAGCAUGGCUAGUGGAUUUACAACAACACAUGCCUGUCACUGCUGGAGUCAGACUUACAAAGCCUUAAGCGGAAAGUGUCCAGAGCAGACUGAGCAGUAGAGGAGGCACAGGCCUCACGGCCCACGGGCAGCUCUGACAGAAACUUCCAUGUUCGGCCUUUCACCUCCUCACUUUCGCUUGGUCCCAGCAGGACCUGAUGGCCACGCGUGCCUUGGCCACAGGAGGCUGCCGAGACUGGCCAUGUGGCUGGGCUGGGCUGUGCCCUCACUCUCUCUCAGCGCUGGAAGUCGGGGUGGGGACAGAUUCUAUGGAGGAAGCUCUUUACCUGUUGUUACGGGGAACCUCAUCACACAAGAAGAGACAAUUUCACUUUGAAAAUUAGAUCCUUUCAAGAUUAGUCCACGCAUGACCCCACCUUCUCUGCACAGGAUCCGUGGCAGUGCCCACUGGCUCUGGCUGUCGCUGCCAAGGGCACUGGCAUUGCUCGUGGCCGCCUGGGGCUGAGGCCUGCACCCGGGCCUCGGCAGCCACAUUUCUUUAUUUGGAGUUUGAAAAGAUGUUUCAUGACCGCAGAGUCAGUGAGUGCACAGGGAAGCCACUGUGCCCCUCCUGGCAGGACCUCCACCUGUUUCUAUGCAGCCAUAGUUUGAGGACAACCAGGCACCCACCUCAGGACAAGUUCAGGAAAGGAAGACAGUGGACUGCACGGGACCCUGGCGUGGCGCUCUAGAACGUCGUGAGUGGCGGUUGUGGGUGGGAGGGGCUCAGCCUGGGCCUGAGUGGGGCAGGUACGUGGGGCUGGUGAGAAACCACGACAGUCAGGUGGGCAGGGCCGGGGACAUGCUAGGAGUUCUUUGAAAGCCUGGAUCAGGUCUAAGUGCCACACAGGAGCCACCUGUCCCAGACCGUGGCUUGGCAUGCAGCUGUCCACGUCUGGCUGCUGACGAAGGGUUCAGCCCUGUGACUUUCCUUUGUGUAGUUGAGCAAGGUCUGCUCUCCAGAUGAACAGAUCUGCACGUACAGUGUCUUGAUCCAAAAUAGCAAAUAGGAAAUCAUGUUCUUCCCACCCUGCACCAGUCUGCACCCCACCACAGGGGCCCAUUGCAGCAGCUCCAGCCUUAAGUCUUGGUUCAGGACCUAGACCAGCGCCUCACUCAAGGCAGCCAGGGCACAGGUGCCAGGUCUGCCUAGCGUUUACCACUGUUGUUACGCCACAGCCCUCUGGCCACCACAUGGCCAUCCUCAGUGAGACGCCAUGAACCCUUCUUAGGCCCUCAGGUCCCCACAGCACUGGGAGGGGCACUGGGGGCCGUGUGCCCAUGGACCACAGCCAGGUCCACUCCUGCUGGGAGAGCUGGCUGGGGGAGGGCUUGUUCCCUACAGUGUCUGUUCUGUGAAGUUUGUUAAAUGUAAGGGAAGCUGAAGUUCUUGUAUCUUUAAAGAGGAAAUCUUAUUUAACCCGUUGUGUCCUAGAUUGACUUACACACAUAGCCUAGAGCUCAGUUUUAGUUUAACAUUGUGAAAAUAUUAAAAGAAUCUUGUAACUUUAUUCUUUUUUUCUCCUGCUGAAACAAAUUAAACCAAUCGUAUGGA